AUGGCCACCUGGUGGCAGGGCUUGUGGGCCUAUCGCUCCUACCUGACUGUGCUCUUCCUGCCCAUUUUCCUGCUGCCUCUGCCCAUCCUCAUCCCCACCAAGGAAGCCUACUGCGGCUAUGCCAUCAUCCUCAUGGCCCUCCUCUGGUGCACUGAAGCUCUGCCCCUGGCGGUCACUGCCCUCUUCCCCAUCAUCCUGUUCCCCAUGAUGGGCAUCCUGGAUGCCUCUGAGGUCUGCAUCGAGUACCUGAGGGACAGCAACAUCCUGUUCAUCGGGGGGCUGCUGGUGGCCAUCGCUGUGGAGCACUGGAAUCUGCACAAACGCGUCGCCCUCCGUGUGCUCCUCAUCAUUGGGGUGCGGCCCGCCCUGCUGAUCCUGGGCUUCAUGGCGGUCACAGCCUUCCUGUCCAUGUGGAUCAGCAACACAGCCACCACAGCCAUGAUGGUGCCCAUCGCACAUGCCGUCCUGGAGCAGCUACACAGCCAUCCCGCCGGCAAGGACGUCGAGGAGGGCAGCAACAACCCUACCUUCGAGCUCCAGGAACCAAUUCCCCACAAGGAGAUGACCAAGCUUGAUAACGGGCAGGUCCUCCCCACCCUGCCUGCUCCUUCUGGACCACGGGCACGUCAGAGCCAGGAACAGCUUCGCUUCGCUAAGGGCAUGAGUCUGUGCGUGUGCUAUUCGGCCAGCAUCGGGGGCAUAGCAACACUGACUGGCACCACACCCAACCUGGUGCUGCAAGGCCAGAUCAACUCGCUCUUCUCCCAAAAUGCCAAUGUGGUGAACUUUGCUUCCUGGUUCGGCUUUGCAUUCCCCACCAUGGUCAUCCUGCUGCUGAUGGCCUGGCUAUGGCUGCAGAUCGCCUUCCUGGGGUUCAACUUCCAGAAGAACUUUGGCAUUGGCGAAGAGGCGCGGGAGCAAGAGCAGACAGUCUUUCGUGUCAUCCAGACAGAGCACAGGCUGCUGGGCCCCAUGACCUUUGCAGAAAAAGCUGUCGCCAUCUUCUUUGUCACCCUGGUGCUACUCUGGUUCACCCGGGAGCCGGGCUUUUUCCUUGGCUGGGGCAACCUGGCUUUUCCCAAUGCCGAGGGGGAAAGCAUGUUGUCUGAUGGGACAGUGGCCAUCUUCAUCAGCAUAGUUAUGUUCAUCGUGCCCUCCAAGAUCCCAGGGCUGACCCAGGACCCAGAAAAUCCAGGGAAGCUGAAGGCCCCUCCUGCCCUCCUCAACUGGAAGACAGUGAAUGAGAAGAUGCCCUGGAAUGUCGUGCUCUUGCUGGGUGGUGGCUUUGCUCUGGCCAAGGGCAGUGAGCGCUCGGGUCUGUCGACGUGGUUGGGGAACCAACUGACCCCACUGGAAAAUGUGCCACCUCCUGCCAUUGCCUUCAUCCUCUGCCUCCUGGUUGCUGCCUUCACCGAGUGCGCCAGCAACGUGGCCACCACCACGAUCUUUCUGCCCAUCCUGGCCUCGAUGUCUCGGGCCAUCUGCCUCCACCCACUCUAUGUCAUGCUGCCCUGUACUCUGGCUUCCUCCCUGGCCUUCAUGCUGCCUGUGGCCACCCCGCCCAAUGCCAUCGUCUUCUCCUUCGGGGGCCUCAAAGUGUCUGAUAUGGCUCGGGCAGGAUUCUUGCUCAACAUCAUCGGGGUGCUGGUCAUCACGCUGGCCAUCAACAGCUGGAGCUAUGCCAUCUUCGACCUGCACACCUUCCCCUCCUGGGCCCACAUUGACAACACCACAGCCCACUGCCAGCCCAACUUCAUGAUGCCCCAGCCCUAGACCAGGGCACAGCCUGGCCAAACACAGAAAGACCCAUUCCUGUCUCCCCUCCUCUGAGCUGGAUGGGGACACCCCAAACUCCAAGUCCUAGACCAAAGGCCGAAAGAAAGGCCCCUGUGUAUAUACAUCAUCUGAUGUGUGUCUGUAAGGAAGGUACAUGUGUGCGAUCCUGUGUGUCUGAGAAAAGCGUGUGUAUAUAUGUAUAUAUAUGUAUGUGAGGGCAGUGUGUGAUGUGAGCAUGUCUGAGAGGGGCAUUGUGUGUGCACAUGAUUUGAGGUGUGUGCGUUUGACAGUGCAUAUGUGCACAGCUCAUGCAUGUGUGUGAGUUCACAGGCAAUACGGCAUCCUAUCUCUGGCGUCCAUGAUCUUUAUCUUUCCUACUUGAUGACCAGACCCCUUUGAAACUCAGGGUUAAGGUGGGCUGGGGAAGACGCCUAUCAGUGGUUGCCAUGGGAACAGUCUCUGGGAUGGCCCAGGGUUCUGAGGUCUCCCCAGCCUCUGCUGGUUUGGGGGAAAGUUCAGGUAUUAGUCACAUUAAAGUCUUUUUGGUAGAGUCUGGGAUGGUUUUUCACAGCCUUCUCCAGGCUGGUCCACAUGUGAUCAGGCCCCAGGUUGAGGGCACAGUGGAAGGGGGUCUGGCCUCUGCCCUGCAUGCCAUCCGGCCCCCUUGGCACCCUUCCCACCCAAGAGAGAAGGUAAUGGUGGGGCGCCCCUGCCAAGGCUGACCAGAGUGGGCGCAGCCACCCAGGAAAGCAGCACUGACAUCACCCAGCCAGGCUAGUUGGGAGCUGCCAGUCCCUGCGUGUCUUUGGGAAAACCGGCCUCCCCGUUGCCAGAGCUCUCCCUGGACAUUUACAUAAAACUCUCUUCCCCUGCCAAUUCCUCACCGACCCUUCCUCUGGCUGGAAAAACUGGUCCCACCAGACCAGGGGAGGCAGGCUGACCCAUGCUGGGUGCC